GCUUUUAGAAAAGCCAAGAGAGUCUCUGGCCACACCAACCCCUAUAUUACACUAUUCUUUCAUACUACACUUCCCACUCUGUCUCAGGGUCUGUGGCACUCAUACACAGGCACAUUUUCACUUCAACAAACUUCAAAGUUCACGGCUUUAUCCAUUUUGCUGCUCUCUAUUGUGUGGUGAUGACCCAGACUGGAAUGUCAGGUUUAAGUAGGAAUUUGUUUAAGUAGUCAUCAUUUGAGUAUGUUUGAUGUAUGAUAAACAUUGCUUUCUAGAUUACAGUGCACUUUUCUGCUUUGUCAAAUUGAUGAUGUAGAGGGGAAGAGGGGGUGUUUUCAUGAUAUUUUUUGUUGAGUAAGGAUCAUAAAAUGGUAGAGUUUGACACUUUGUUCACACUUUAAAGUUAUGCUUAAAAAGUUUUGACAACUGCUUUAGAAUUAUUUUAUAGGUGGCUUCAUUAGUCAUCAUUUGAUCGGUUGCAGGAUAGUUGAUAAUCAUUAAAUUAAAUUAUAAUGCUGCUUAGUAAUUUUUUUUCAUAGUAUUACACAAAAAUUGUAUUAUGUGAUCUAAUUUGAUUCAUUUUCUGGGUGGGGAUUCUCAUGACUACUUUAUGUAGUAAAAAGCAGUAGUGCAGAACAUGGCACAGAUUUUGGCACCCUCUAUACAAUGGCAGAUGAGAAUCACAAAACCGUCUCCCAGUGCAACUCCCAUUACAUCUAACAUGUGGGGUUCUUUGUUGUGGAAACAAAAUAAGAAAGCUACACUUACCGGUUCUGCUAAAUUUAGAGUGCUGGCAAUCAAGUCUGAAAAUAGCACCAUCAACAGGCUAGAGAAUCUACUUAAUUUGGAUAUCACUCCAUACACAGACAAGAUAAUCGCCGAGUACAUUUGGAUUGGAGGGACAGGAGUUGAUGUGCGCAGUAAAUCAAGAACAAUACCAAGGCCAGUUGAACAUCCCUCUGAGCUACCUAGAUGGAAUUAUGAUGGAUCUAGCACAGGACAGGCACCGGGUGAUGAUAGUGAAGUAAUCCUAUAUCCUCAAGCAAUUUUCAAAGAUCCUUUCCGUGGUGGUAACAAUAUUUUGGUUAUAUGUGAUGCUUACACACCAGCGGGUGAGCCUAUCCCUACAAACAAGCGACACAGAGCUGCUGAAAUUUUCAGUAACCCGAAGGUCCAAGCUGAAGUUCCAUGGUUUGGAAUAGAGCAAGAGUACACCUUACUUCAAACAAAUGUAAAAUGGCCUUUAGGUUGGCCCGUUGGUGGCUAUCCUGGUCCUCAGGGUCCUUAUUACUGCAGUGCUGGGGCAGAUAAGUCAUUUGGACGUGAUAUAUCUGAUGCUCAUUACAAGGCUUGCCUAUAUGCUGGAAUUAACAUCAGUGGCACCAAUGGGGAGGUUAUGCCUGGGCAGUGGGAGUAUCAAGUUGGUCCUAGUGUAGGUAUUGAAGCUGGUGAUCAUAUCUGGGCUUCAAGAUACAUUCUAGAGAGAAUCACUGAACAAGCUGGUGUUGUGCUCACACUUGAUCCAAAACCAAUAGAGGGUGACUGGAAUGGUGCAGGAUGCCACACCAAUUACAGUACAAAGAGCAUGAGGGAAGAAGGAGGCUUUGAGGUAAUAAAGAAGGCAAUUUUGAAUCUAUCGCUUCGCCACCAGCACCACAUUAGUGCAUAUGGAGAAGGAAAUGAGAGAAGGUUGACAGGAAAGCAUGAGACAGCCGACAUUAACACAUUUUCUUGGGGAGUGGCUAACCGUGGUUGCUCAAUCCGUGUGGGAAGAGACACAGAGAAGAAUGGAAAAGGUUACUUGGAAGACAGGCGCCCGGCAUCAAACAUGGAUCCAUACGUUGUGUCAUCGUUACUGGCCGAGACUACAUUAUUGUGGGAACCAACUCUAGAGGCUGAAGCUCUUGCAGCACAGAAGAUAGCAUUAAAUGUCUAAGUCUAUUGAUUGAUGGCAUUCUGGAUGGAAUCAGUAAUUUGUGAGAAGCUAGAAAGCUCUCUCACUUUCAUCUUAGAUUACUUAUAUUCUAAA